CCUUCUCAUUGUCAGUUCGUUCCCGGAUCUCCGUUCGGUUCAAGCAGAGGACCCUUUCCCUCUUGUCUCGUCACCUGAGGGGCUGGACCUUGCUCGGAAGCACGGCUGAAGACACACACUCACGCACGCAGUGGGUGACAAGGUUGAGACUGCAUGCAUACUUGUCAGGUGCCCAGUGGUGGCCAGGUUUGAAGCUGACAGUCCGAAACAAGCAGGACUGUUGAAGUAGGAAGUUGCUUCGACUACUGCCACGGCCACGGCCACUGCAACUGCAACUGUUGCUGCUGCUGCCACUCCUACUGCCACUCCUCCUCCUCUUCCUCAUCCUCCUCAUCAUCUUCCUCCUCUCACUUCUUCAACCCCUCCUCUUCGAAAUCCAGCCUCCGAUGCUACAACACAGCAACCAAUCACCCUCCACCACUCGGCUCCUACUGCAACUUUGACCAGCAUCUCGUUUCCCUUCUCCAACAUCGGCUUGUCACUGGUGUAAUCCUGAAGCACAGGCCACAAUACCAAGAUAGGCGCCUCGGCCAACACCUGAAACCUGCCUUGCUUUCAACCUGACUCCUCCGCCUCCUCUCCACCCUCACAAGCCUCCCGCCGACAUUUCAGCAAAUCCUCAAUACUUUCUGCCCCUCCCCGAUUCCCGACCUAGUCCAGGUGCGUCAGGCCAGGGGUCCGUCGCUACUGGCCAAAACCGGGCACUAAAGGGAUUCUGUCCUCUCCCCCUCGCAUGACCAUCCAGAUUCCGUUACAACCUUACUUUCACCACAACCCUCUCACCACUUUCACCUUCACCAACUGCAUUCUUCUUCCAACCUCCCAUUCUCCUAGACGCCCAUUGUUCAUUGUUGGCUGGAUCCCAAAGAAGGUAUUUUACGGCUUUGUUGCACAGAAUCUGCGGUGUUCUUUGAGGACAUGUAUCCAUAGCUGCCCCAACACUUCGACCGAUCUUCGCUGCAAAAUCCGUGGUCAACCAAACUCGAAGCCGCGUCCAUCCCUCUUAGCCACGGAGUCUAUUUUCUACCGUUGCAUGGGCUCCGGAGCCCUAUCUGAACAUUCACACCUGCCUACCUGGACACGGUUGCGUGACUACUGCGUUCAAGGUUUUACUCUCGUGCAUGGAGUACUAUCCCCAUCAGAUGUCGUCUCCACCCCACUACGACUAUAACCCUUCCGGAUCUCAAGCUCGUUCUGGCAGAGAAACUUCCUCUUCUGAUGACCAUAAGUACAAGCGUCGCAGGAUCGAUCUCAAGAGCGCCCCUCACAGACACAUGGCCGGCCCUUCACAGCCCCCUAACGGUUCUGUGCCUACAUCAGUCCCAUCCUCGGGAGACUUCUUCGGAGACAAUUUCCCGGGGAUACCACCUUUGAUGCACGCUGGCAUCUUCAUGGAGGAAGAUGCAGCUCUCGAGUACCUGUCUUCAGGCUCCGGCUUUGCUCAAGAUCUGCGCGGCUUCGACUCUCCCUUCAACUACCAGAACUUGCUUCCUACCAACCAACCUCCACGACCCGUCAAUCUGACCAGUUAUCCGUGUCCACCUGGCUUUCGACAGGAUUCAGGCGUCGAUUUUGCUCGACCACUGCCGGGGAAUAUCUUCCACGAUCACAGAGAGUCGGACGAGCGACUGAGACAAUCACAAGGCUACUUGGCAGAGCCUUCUAGUAGUGUGGCGGCAGCCCCCUUCGGUUAUCCUGUUGAAUGGGGUCAGUCUUCCUCCUUCGUCCAACAGUUCCCGAGAGGUACGGCUGUUUCUCCCCGACGAGAACCGCCGAGCUCCGCCGCCAGCCCGCAGAAACCGCCUAUUCUGUUGUUUCUCACUCGCGCCACCAAGGAGAGUAUCGAAGCGUUGGAAGAACACAAGAGGGAAUGUCCAGCAUGCCAACUCGAAUUCGAGCAGGAUCAUUUCAUGGCCGUCAUGACUUGUUGUGAUACCCCUAUGCACGCUACCUGUCUGUCCGCCUGGGUCAAUUCUGCGACAUACUCCAAGAGCAAGGCAUGUAUGAAGUGCCGUAGAACCAUCGAUGCGAGACGCAUGUUGAACAAUGUUGUUCCGCCAGUCAAUGAUAAGAGCUGGGACGAGGGCGUUGAGUUUAAUGCACCGGAGUCGGUGAAAGGGGACACCAAGAUUGAACUCAACGUCAGUGCGAAGCCGGAACGUUCAAGGAUGCGACGAUGUGGAAACUCGAUGUAUUAUCCAAGCUACAGAUCAGGACGUACUUCCUUUACGGUGCCCGAGACACUGAGUCCGGAGACCAGAAAUGUGGUUCUCCAAGUCCACGAAGAGCAAAUGCGCAUGACCGACGAAAUGCGACAUCGAAAUCGGGUGGCCUGUACGGAAAGCAACCGAGCGAAUCAAGAAGAUAUCAGCGCGAAUCGUGCACUCCUUGAGGCUCAAGUUCGAGGCGACCCUGUGGAUCUCACGCCGUUCAUCAGGAGGUGCGAGAAGACCAAGUUGGCAAGGGACAAGGCGAGAGAAGCAUACCAGAGGGUUCAAUUGGAGUUGGAGACCAUGUCCCGAUCGCAUUCCCAUCGAUUAAGCACCAUGCUUGAUGAAUAUUGCAUGGAGCGAUGUCGCGUUCGCCGAAGUGGGGAGGAAGGGCCGGCUCGAAGCGUACCUCUUCGAGUGGUCAAUGGAGAGCCAUCAGACGCGCAGUCCCCUUGAUUCUUGAAAUUAAAGAGGCUUCCAGGCGAAGAAAUGGCGUCUGAAGUGAGGACGUCAACCUGAGCACUAGCUACUUGACGACAGCUUUGCAAGAGAGCGUUUGAGGAGGCUUGGGAGACCGAAGUCUCAACUAUUGAGGCACGACAUAUGGCGAUACGGUUAGAGGGGAGAGAGGAUUAUUGUGGCAGGUCUAAAGAGAUCUGCGUGGACAAGCAGCGGGAUUCCGCUUGUAAGCCCACCGUUGACAAGGUCAGUUCGACAAAAUCGAUGGAUGAAUUGGUUUGGCCAGUUGGUGCCAACUGGCAUCUCACCAAAAAAAAAGACGACGACCAGAACGAAGUUCACAGCUACGAACAUGGGAGCGGACGUACACAAUUUGGCCCCAGCAGACACAUUCAUCAACACUAAUGACGAUACGAUACAUGAAUUUCACAGGGUUUGGACUUGCAUUGGAGAACGGGGACUGAGGCAUACGCGCACAAAGGACAUACAAGAUAUGGCUUGCUGCAUCAGUGGUACUCUUCUUUACUGCCCUGACUUGACAUUGGGCCUGGAUUCGAGGUUGCACUGGUAAUGGAAUGGGAAUGAUACUGCGAUGGGCUCGGUUUCAACCUUUCCUCCUGAUGUGACAGAGCUGUUACCGUUAGCGGCGUUACAGGCCGUGGGCAUUCAAAGUCAAUAUCGCAUCACAUCGCUUGAGAUCGAAGUUAUGUGCCUAUGACGAAUUCAUCCAUCUGCACCGGUUAUUGGUUGGUUUCUCGGUCUCCUCUGUAGAUAGUCAUAGUCAGAUUGCAAUGAAUUAAUGUGGAACGAAGAGAUUAUGGAAUCCAGCAGGUGGUUGCCCGCUGAAGAUGGAUU